GAUGUUUUGCGUUGGUUUCCUUGGUUUUGCGUAUUUACGACGAGUGUUUUGCUGAAACCGGAGGCCUGUGAAGCAGUUUUUAAACGAGAGAAACGGUAUUUGGCGAUUGAAAAUGUUGAAAAAACGGCAAGGAAAAGGAAAAUAUCAAACAUAUCGGUGGUGUUUUGUUCCCAACUGUUCCAACACCAGUGUUACUGCUCCUGAUUUGCUCUAUAUACCGGUGCCGGUCUCACAUAAAGAGCGUGCUCAUUGGUACAAGAUCGCACGUAGGGAUGGUGCCCCUGCAUCUGGAGCAUUAUGGGCAUGCGAACAACAUUUUGAUGUACCAGAUGACCUGGAAAAUUACUUAUAUGUCAAAAUGAUGGGAGGAGCCGUCAAAAUCAAGGCAGGAGUGACUCCCCACAAAUUCGCUUGCCAGAGCCGUGGCGUUGCUGCAGAACAUGUUUUGCAGAAGCGAAGCUCAUUGCAGAGAAAAAGAAAGCUUCAAGAACUGCUUGCUGAACCUGUGGACGAUGCAGUUCCAACAGAAGGUGGUAACCUGGACAGUGGACCAUUACCAGCUGAUGGAGGAACAGCUACAGACCAACAUCUUCCGACCUCAAGUGAUAGUCCUGCAGCAUGCUUCAAGGAUGCAUCUGUCCAGGUGCACCCUGUUCGGAAGAAGUUCCGGUCUAAAGCGACUCAAGCAGGUUUACCAUUAGGAUGCCAUGAUGCACAAGCCAGCGGACAGCAUGAUCUUACUGUACCUUCCAGCAUGGAACAUCAAGUCGGUGUGACGUCUGCAGCAGGUCACCAGAAAUACAAACCAAAGGAUCCAUCAUCCCUUGCAAGUGCCUCUGCCUCUGGUAAAGCAUGUUCUGGUUCACAUUACAAUGCUGACCAGGAUCAAAACAAUGACAGAACUGCGAUUUUAGUGAGCUCACCUGCAGCAAAUGAUACUGAUACAGAUUCUGAUGGUCCCAUUACGGCAGACACCAGCCCAGACUAUGUCCCUGAGUCAGAGUCUUCUGACGAAGACUCCCAUGGUGGCAGGGAUUGGAAAAGAUUGUCCCGCGAGCGCAUCCGGCAUUACAUUGCUACGGACCCUAUGCGUUACUUGGGCAUUGGCAAACACAACAUGUUUGUUUUGAAUAAGAUAGCCCAGAAACUGGACUUCAGAGAGAGCCGCGGAGGCAUCACAAAGUUAGAUAUUGUCUUCAUGAUUCUGAUGCGUAUUAGGACUGACCGCCAGUAUCAUUUUCUGGCUGACGAUUUUGGUAUUUCUGAGAGCUUUGUCUCUCGUGUCAUCUCGGCAUACCUCCCUGUCGUGGCCAGCUGUUUACGGGGUUGCAUAAGGUGGCCAGAGAGCAGUGAAAUCCGCAAGCGGGUUCCACUGGCUUUCAAAGCCCGGUACCCAUCUGUGGUAAGCAUCAUCGAUUGUUUUGAAAUUGAGAUAGAGAAACCCUCUGCAGCUCUGCCACAGGCAACAUCAUGGUCCGAGUACAAAAAAUGCAACACCAUAAAGUUCCUAGUGUCUUGUACCCCAGACGGCUUGUGCAACUUUCUAUCACGAGGCGUAUCAGGUAGAACCUCAGACAUUGACAUCGUAACUAAAACAGGAUUUUUAGAGCUUCUCCCAUCAGGCUGCACCGUCCUUGCCGACCGUGGAUUCAAAGGAAUAGAAGGAGCACUGGCUUCAAAAAACUGCUGUCUCGUCCGGCCACCAAGUGUUGCUUGUGACGUUAGCCUCGAUCGCGCCGAUGUACUGAAGAUGCGCACAAUAGCCGGCCUACGCAUCCAUGUUGAACGCGUCAUUGGUCGCUUGAGAGUUUUCAAAGCGUUGGACAUUCACUCAAGGUUUCCACUGCAGAUGGUAGAUCUGCUGGAUGACGCGGUCGCCAUCGGGUGUGGCUUGAUUAACCUCCAGGAAAAAAUUGUGAAAGUAUAAGUCAAAGAGUCAGUGUGGUUAGACCGAAACAGGCUGACAUAGGCGGGCGGUUCUACGGUUUGUCGUUGGUGCGGGCUGUUGCACUAUGCACGCGUUUGUGAUCUUAUACUUGCACCGUCAGCGACUCGUCUCUCAGUCCAUAGGAUCCGUUGAUGGGCGAAAUGUGACUGUGCCUAUACAUACAAACGUUUGAGUUCUUCCUAACGAUUCGUGUGAAAAUGUACUCUGCGUUGUCGUUGGAGUAAUUAGGGGAUGCUACUGAACACUAUGUAAUGGAAUACAUAUUCAUGCACCUA